UACACAUCGGUUUACAUUUGUCAUGGUUUACUUCCUCAUUACUGUAGUAUGUAAUACUAAUAAACAUGAAGAUUACUAGUUCUAUACAUGUAUUGUCAAGAAUACAUAAUUAUACUAACCGUUAUAACAGAGUUGCUUGCUAUAGAUGACCCGUGUCCCGAUGACAUCGACAAUAAAAUAGUGGCAGACAUGUGUACAGACGACCACGCAGUUGAAGACAGUGUUGACGGAAGUUACUUGAUUGACAGUGUAGUUGUACGUGUAAGGAAACAGAAGGCUAAUUGUACUUGUCGUGUCAGUCUAAAAGAUAAUGCGGGCAGUUAUUCUGUAUCUAUCAGAAAAUGGUCAGCACUGAUUGGAUCCGCCCCAGAGUUACCGAACUGUGGACUAGCGAUUAAUGUCAAUCAUCUUAAAGCAGCAGAAACAAAAAACAAUAGUUACCUUAUUCAAUGUUCCACCGGUGCUGGUAAUAGAGUAAACAAUUUACAAAAGGAUGAUGUUAUUGAACUGAAAUCAAGUAUUAUUGAAGGCAUAUUUACCAGAGGAUACUGUAUGCAGAUAUUUAGAAAUCAUCAGCAGGGUGGUCCCAAUGUACAGUUAAACUUACACUGUGAUGAUCCUGAAGAGGCAAAUACGAUGAAUACAACACAUACAUCAGCAACGACACACUAUAAUCACAGACAACUAUCUACCAAAGAAAUGGCUUUGACAACAGGCACUAAAGAAAAUGCUGAAACGUCCACUGCAACAACGAAAGAAUACAAUAAAGAGAAAGAAAUUGCAUCGAUAACAGAUACUAAUGAUAAUCAUGAAACGUCCACUGUAACAUGUGUAACAACGAAAGGAUAUAAUAAAGAGGAAGAUGAUCAGAAUACAAACAUGUACAUCUCCAUAGGAGCAGGUGCAGGAGGAGUGAUUGUGAUGAUAGCUAUUCUAUUGAUAAUAGUUUGUAUAAGGAAAAGAUCAAAGAAGAGAACAAAAACAGAAAAACAAAUUGCGUAUGACAGCAAUGAUCCUGAUUCUGAUAAUGGUGAAUUAAAGGAUAACAUUUUGUACGUCUCUGCAGAUCAACAAGAUGUAAUGGAGGAUGGUAAUUACCAUAUGGUAGAUUUAGAAAAGAAACCGGUCGUCAACAUUGGUGUAUCGAACAAUCAAACACAACAUAUAUCUACCUUUGACAAUAGCAAUACUGAAUAUGCUGUGGUAGAUAAAGGGAAAAAAUCUGACAGUGUUAAAGAUGAUUCUCCCUUGGACGUACAGAAAAAUAGCGAACAAGAUAUUGAGAUGUCUGGUUUACCUGUAGAUCAAACAUAUGCAGUGGUGGAUAAAACAAAUAGGGGAAAAGCUGAUGAAUGAAGACAAAACUAAAUGUGCAACAACUAGAACGAGUUAGCAGACUUGUAGAUUGAAGAUUUCUUUGUUUUAAUGCAGUUAA